AUGUUGGUCAAUGUACGGCUCCAGCCUUACCGGCUUGUUGUGUUCCUGGGCGUCUUCAUCUUAGUUACAAUUGCUCUCUACGGUCUCUCAGGUCGCUCGUGGUUGAUCUCACCCGCCGGUGCUGAAUAUGACAGGACGGCUGGAUUAUCUGGAGCUGUGAGCCACGAUGGCUCGAACACAGAACUGCUCGAAGCUGACCAAUUUGCCUGGCCGUUCGAGUAUAGCACGGUAUCGAAUCAGUCAUUGUUCUGCGAGGAACGCUUUGGACUCGGCUAUCUCGACAACUUCAGCCAACGGUCUGCUGAAUACUGUACCGCUGAAUCGGCCUCGCGCAUGACUUGUUUCAGUAGCAUCACCGAGACCAAGACCCGACGCAAAGAUGCCUUCUGCAUCGCCGGUCCCGCCACCUUCGACCUCGACCAACACAAGUUCGUGCUGGACUGCAGCCUCCGUUACUGGUACUCCACGGGUCCAAAGUACAUUUUCAGCACCGCCGUGAGCUUUGCCACUAUGCAGGGCGCGACCCCUUCGAGUACCAUCCAGGCUUCUCCAGUGACCAUCGUCCUCAAGCGGGAAGACGAGUACAAAAACAUCUGGCACGCCCUGCUGGAGAUCUUCGCUACCUUCAUGACCUUGGACAUCCUCCGCAUGGCACACAAUCCAGCCACGAAGGCUCCCUUUAUUCAACCUUCCGACUUCUCUAACACCCAGGUGCUCCUUCUAGAUCAUCUCCCCGACGGCCCAUACUCUGAGCUAUGGCAUCUCUUUGCCCAGAAGCCGAUCCUCAGGCUGAGCGACAUCACAAGCUCUUUCCCACUUGAGCCAGGAAACAUUAUAGUGCCUUUGGCGGGUGGAGGAAACCCCUUUUGGCAGGGGGACUGGAACCUGCUCGACUGUACCGACUCCCCUCUGCUGCGCGCAUUCUCGCGGCGGGUGUUGAGUUAUUACCAAAUCCAUGACCCCCCCAAACAGCCUGACGACCCGCUUGUCAUCACCUACAUCGAUCGCACGACUAAACGGCGGCUGGUCGACCAAGCCCGCCUGCUCGAUGCCUUGCGUCUCCGCCACCCCACCAUUCAGCUCAACGUGGUGGACUUCGCGCAACUGCCCUUCGCCCAGCAGCUCGCCGUCGACCGGUCGACUGAUAUCCUUGUCGGCGUGCACGGCGCGGGGUUGACACAUGGCAUGUUCCUCCCGCGGGGCUCGGCCCUCGUCGAGAUCCUGCCCUUCGGGCUCAAGCAUAAAGGCUUCCUCAACAUGGCGGCCAUGCUGGGCCACGCACAUUUCAGCGCCGAAUCAGUCGAUGACCGUACCCAAACCAGCGCCCGCGGUGACUGGCAAGCUGACGACGUAUAUAUCCCACAGGGGGCAUUUCUGGAGCUGGUUGAGCAAGCCAUAAGGAAGAAGAUGGAGUCGUGA